GUAAGGUGUGAUGGAAAAGUAAAGCAGGAAAACGGGGAGAAAGGGUCAGGGUGCUCCUGAGCACCAGGACACCAGGACGGGGCUUCUUACAUGGAGGCACGGCAGCUGACUCAGGAAGGCAGGGAGGAAGGAGCCAAGAGCUGUAGAAACAGCAGAUGGAAAAUACGCUCAGAAGUUGUUUAAUGAUCUUUUUGAAGAUUACUCCAAUGCUCUGCGUCCAGUAGAAGACACAGACACGGUCCUAAAUGUCACGCUGCAGAUCACGCUUUCUCAGAUAAAGGACAUGGACGAGAGAAAUCAGAUUCUGACAGCCUAUCUGUGGAUCCGCCAAACCUGGCAUGAUGCAUAUCUCACGUGGGAUCGAGACCAGUAUGAUGGGCUGGACUCCAUCAGGAUUCCCAGCGACCUGGUGUGGAGGCCGGACAUUGUCCUGUACAACAAGGCAGACGAUGAGUCUUCAGAGCCCGUGAACACCAAUGUGGUCCUGCGGUAUGAUGGGCUCAUCACCUGGGACUCGCCAGCCAUCACCAAAAGCUCCUGUGUGGUGGACGUCACCUAUUUCCCCUUCGACAGCCAGCAGUGCAACCUGACCUUUGGUUCCUGGACCUACAAUGGCAACCAGGUGGACUUAUUCAACGCCCUGGACAGUGGUGACCUCUCUGACUUCAUCGAAGAUGUGGAAUGGGAGGUCCACGGAAUGCCUGCUGUGAAGAAUGUCAUCUCCUACGGCUGCUGCUCGGAGCCCUACCCAGACGUGACCUUCACUCUUCUUCUGAAGAGGAGGUCCUCCUUCUACAUCGUCAACCUCCUCAUCCCUUGUGUCCUCAUAUCAUUCCUCGCUCCUCUGAGUUUCUACCUCCCAGCAGCCUCCGGGGAGAAGGUCUCUCUGGGAGUGACCAUCCUAUUGGCCAUGACUGUAUUCCAGCUAAUGGUAGCAGAGAUCAUGCCGGCCUCAGAAAAUGUACCGCUGAUUGGGAAAUACUAUAUAGCCACCAUGGCCUUGAUCACCGCCUCCACAGCCCUUACCAUCAUGGUAAUGAACAUCCACUUCUGUGGGGCUGAGGCCCGGCCAGUGCCACGCUGGGCCAAGGUGGUCAUCCUGAAGUACAUGUCCCGGAUCUUGUUUGUCUAUGACGUGGGUGAGAGCUGCCUCAGCCCCCACCACAGCCAGGAGCCAGAACAAAUCACAAAGGUUGAUAGCCAACUCCCAGGAUCCAACCUGAAAAUAUCCAGAAACAAAGACCUUUCCAGAAAGAAGGAAAUGAACAAACUCUUGAAGAAUAGCCUGGGGUGCCAGGGCGGGAUCCCACAGAAUGCCGAGAGUUACUGUGCACGCUAUGAAUCGCUGACAAGAAACAUUGGAUACAUUGCCAAGUGCCUUAAAGACCACAAAGCCACCAACUCCAGGGGCAGCGAGUGGAAGAAGGUUGCCAAAGUCAUAGACCGGUUUUUCAUGUGGGUUUUCUUUGUCAUGGUGUUUGUCAUGACCAUUUUGAUCAUAGCAAGAGCAGAUUAGGAGAAAAGAGAAAAAGGGAGCUGGUAGACCUUAGACAUUUGGGGGAAAAAACAAAAACAAAAACAAAACAACAAAAUCCCCCUGUGAUCUGCUCCAAUGCUGGAGUCCAAUUGCUGUUCAGACGUAAUUUAGGGAAUAUGCUGUGUAUGCUUUUACUUUUAAACUUCAGUUAAAACCAAAGCUACUUUAAAUCAGGUUAAAUCAGGCGGGAGACCCAAACUUUCAAGGGUAAAGAGAUGAAGGAAGGAAGUGAGGAAGGACCCUCUUCAUAGCCUCCCAUAAUGGUGAGUGGCGGGCCUCAACUUUACAUACUUCUUCAUCAUUUAUCAUUGUAGUCAACAAAACACAGUGUAUUCCUGCUUGAGAUUUAAAGGAAAAAAAAAAAAGACAAAACGAAUUUAUUUUUCUGUUAGUCCCUAGUAAAACAAUUUUUUAAUAUAAAAGGAAAUGAAUUGUGUAGACUCAGCAUGAUAGGCACCUCAGGGGUGACUUGCUCAGAUGGGGUGUUGUCUUAGUUAGGGUUUUUAUUGCUACAAUGAAACACCAAGAUAGAAAAGCAAGUUGGGGAGGAAAGAAUUUAUUUGGCUUACACUUCCACAUUGCUGUUCAUCUCCGAAAGAAAUCAGGACAGGAACUCCAACAGGGCAGGAACCUGGAGGCAGGAGCUGAUGCAAAAACCAUGGAGGGUGCUGCUUACUGGCUUGCUCCCCUGGCCUGGUCAACCUGCUUUCUUAUAGAACCCAGGACCACCAGUCCAGGGAUGGCACUACCCAUCAUGGGCUGGGCCCUCCCCUAUUGAUGGCCAAUGACUUACAGCUGGAUCUCAUGGAGGCGUUUCCUCAACUGAGGCUCCUUCCUCUCUGACGACCCUACCUAUAUCAAGUUGACGAACAACCAGCCAGAACAGGUGCAUCGUGUCCCAGGUCUCUAAUGGCAAAUUACUUUGUCCUGGCCAGUUUAUGCUAAUUACACCAUACCCAUAAUUCCAGCACUGAGGAGACAGAGGCAGGAGGACCACCAAGUGCAAGGGCAGCCUGGUCUAUAUGAAGGCUAUGUAAUAAGAUCCUAGCUCAGAAAAUUUAAAUUAAAUACAACAGCAACAAAGAUUUUUUUUUUUUAUCUCAUAGAACAUCUAGUUUCAGACAUUAAAGGGAAAGAGGGUUUGUUUUUUUAUAUAUAAUGAUGAUGUCACACGUCUGUUACUUUGCACUCCAAAGUUGAGGUUGUUGCUAUGUUGUCUUUAAUUAUAAUAAGGUAGAUGAGAUUGUGCUUUUAUUAAACUAUAGCAUCAGCAGGCUGAGCUCACCCAUUGAUUCACCUCCUCUAAGCAUUGGUUUUCCCUGAUCAUAAUAAAGGAAUGACUUACAUUUGCAUGGGUGUCACAGCAAAGCUGGCCAUCAUGACAGUCCUGGAGGCCAGGCAGGGGAAGAAACUGGGGUUUAGGAAGGCGGGUGCUAGUGACCUGUCUCUUCAAUGUCCAGCUAAGUGAUAUGUAGGCUGGAGUUCUGCUCUCAGUACUAUGAUAUGGGUUUAAGUGGGACUAGGCCUGCUAAGGUUGUGAAAGAUCAUAAUUUAGAAUAAGCAAGACAGAGGUUUCUAUUUUAUUUGUUGUUUUUUGUUUGUUUGUUUGUUUUGUUCUGUUUUGUUUUUGAGACAGGGUUCCCAGAGAUCUGCCUGCCUCUGCCUCCCUGAGUGCUGGGAUUGCAGGUGUGUGACACCAUGCCCAACUGAGAGCCCUAUUCUUUGUUUGAUUUUUGUUUUGUGUUUCUGGGACAGGGUCUUAUGUAGCCCAGGAUAGCCUCAAAUUGGCUUUGUAGCCAGUGUUGACCUUGAACUCUGUAUUCUCCUGCUUCCACCUCCCAAGGGCUGAGAGUGUAGGCAUGUGACUCCACAGUGGGGUUCUCGGACUUAAUUCUAGACUUUCUGCCCUAACUCGUAUUCCUUAAAAACAACAACAACAAAAGCCCCACUUUUAAAGCUUUUGUUUUAAAAACAAAAACCAAAAAGCCCCCCAAAUCUCUUGGGAGUAAGCACCUUUCCUCACUGAGCCAUCUCGGUGACCCCUUAAUUACUUUCUACACAGUUCAACAGCUCCUCUACUUUUAAUCAAAUCUGUCUUCAAGGAUGGCCAUGUUCUAAUCGUCAGAACCUGCCAGUGUAUUAAGUUACUUGGCAAUGGGGAAUCAAGGCCACUAACCAAACAACCCCAGGACAGAUUUUCUUGGGUUAUCCAAAUGGGCUCAUUUGAAUCCCUUUAUACAGAAGAAGAGGAAAAGAGAAAGAACCAAAGAGAUGGCAUCUAAGAAAGACUCAGGUAAUGCUGCAGGUCUUGAGAAUCGGGAACCAUGGGCCAACAAUAUUCAGCCUCUAGUAGCUUAAAAAGCCACAGACACAGGUUGUCUGACCUGUUGAAUAUUGAUGUUAGUAUAUCAGGACUCAUUCUAACCUCCUGGCCUUCCACAACUCUAACCUGAUGCAUUGGCAUAAGUUUGUGAUAACGUAUUACAGCAGAUAUAGAAAACUAAUACACUAGCCAGUGAGGGCCACAUGUGUUCUGUGGUUUAGAAGUGGUGUAAAUGUGUUUUCCCGAGGUCAUCUCUUGGGAGAUGAUUGAACCUUUAAAAGGAGGGGCAUAGAGGGAGGUUCUUAAAUCGUUUGGGGGCAGUCUCCUGAAAGGAAUUGUGGGAUCCCAGUCCCUCUCCAGCCUCCUGCCUAGAGAUGUGUUCUUUAGGUCCCCUACAUGCUCUCACAACUGCAUCUGCCAUGAGGUGGUGUAGCCAGAGGGGCCCUCACUGGAACCUGUGCCAUGCUGUUCACAUUGUAAGCCUUAAAACCCUGA